AUGAUUAAUAUACUAAAAUUACCUAGUAAAGAAGAAAUGAAAGUGCGAAUAUUUUCCGUAAUCGCAAAUGAGCGAGAUAAUUGCAACAAACUUGCUGACAUGCUAGAAGAAUCAGGGCAAAAAAUAGCCGCGGAUAAACUACGUAAAUUCAACAAGUCCGAAACUCUAAUGGAAUCGGACACCACUCAUACAUUCAAAAUGGACUCCAAUCCCAGGGAAAAGGCAUUGAUUAUUGUCAACAUACCGGAGCUAUUUAAAGAGGCUAAGCGAUUUGAGUUCAUUUUGACCAAGUUGCAUUUUGAUGUUCAACCAAUUUGUGCGCUUAAAUCCAGUAAAGAUCUUGAUAAGGUGUUGGAUGACCUAGCAAAUGACAAACAUGAUGGUGAUGCAUUUUUCUUGAUGUUCAUUGGCCAUGGUUACCAGGAUAAAAUUUGUGGCUACGGUGGUGAUAGUGUAUUCAGUAAAAAUGAGCUAUCAAUUAAUUGUAUCCUGGAUAAGUUUUCCGAG